AUGGCGACAGGUACCCUAGCAUGGACCGAACAAACCGUGGAGGCAGCGGGCGCUCAGCUGCAAGUCGUCACGGGCGGCAGCGGUGAUCCCCUGCUCAUUCUUCACGACGAAUUCGGCCACCACGGCCAACUUCGCUACCACGAGGCUCUGGGCCAGGAUUUCAGCCUGCACAUUCCGCGCCAUCCCGGCUUCGGCGCCACCGAGCGUCAGGAAUGGAUCAUGAAUAUGCGUGACCUGGCGGGGUGGUACCUGGAGGCCCUGGACGACCUUAACCUCGGACCGGUGAACCUCAUGGGCUUUUCGCUGGGUGGCUGGCUGGCUGCGGAGAUGGCCACCAUGUCGCCAGGCCAAUUCCGGAAGCUCGUGCUCGUCGCGCCGGCCGGCAUUCGGCCACCCACCGGAGAGAUCUUUGACAUGUUCCUGGCAGUGGCCGAGGAAUAUCUCACCGUUGGCCUCCACGAUCCAGAAAAUGCCCCUGAAUUCCGGGACGUUUGCCCCGAGGAGCCCUCGGCGGAGCUUGCCGAAGCCUGGGCGGUGGCAAGGGAGGAGGCGUGCCGACUGAGCUGGCGGCCUUACAUGCACUCCCUGAGCCUGCCCCAUCUGGUGCAUCGCCUCAAGCGCGUGCCUACCCAGAUCAUCUGGGGGCAGCAGGACAAUAUCGUUCCAGCGUCCGCCGGCCAGAUGUACCACGACUCCAUUCCCGGCUCGCGGCUCGACAUCCUUGAUUCGUGUGGGCACCGUCCCGAACUGGAAAAGACCGACGAAUUCGUGGCCCUCGUGAAGGGGUUCCUAUCCACCUAG